AAAGCGCUCAACUUGGACCAGUACGAACCUGCUCAGCUACUCCGCGAAAAGAUUGCCGAGCUUGAUCGUGAAAUUGCGAGACAGAGGGAAGCAAAAAUGGGGACCUCAUCCAAAGAAGCAGCUCAAGACAAGGGCUUGGCAUUGUUACGCCUCAAAGCAGGGCUGCAGCGAGCAGUGGAGCAGGAGCUGUAUGAGGAAGCAGCUGAGAUCAGAAAGAAAAUGAGCCAACUAGAGGGUGACACGCUGGCAGCUUCUGCAGCAGCAUUGGCUAUGGGCAAUGUCACAUACAAGCUUCGGCUAGGACAGAAAGUUAAUCACAAAGAAUUUGGCUAUCGAGGCAUUGUCGCAGGGAUGGACCCCAUGUGCUGUGAGACUGAGGAGUGGAUGUCGGGAGCUAAGAUUAGCCGACUUACGCGGGGUCCCAACCAGCCCUUCUACCAGAUCUUACUUGACUUGGGCAAUGGAGCUAGGUUUCCGGUUGCAUAUGUUGCGGAGGACCUGCUUGAAGUCCCUGAGGAGCCUGAUAAG